GGUCGAUGAACUAGGCCCGCAGCGCGCCUACACUCGCCGCACACUCGCCGGCGCCUAUCGAUUUUGUACGAGCUCUUCGCGCCAUCGGCCAUUUUCAUUCAUGUCUGAAAACUAUAGGCGCGUUGCGAUGUUUUUAUUGAAGUAUUUGUUUAAUCGGUAGGAAAAUAUAGUAUGAUAACUUAUUCGGUAUCGAUACGGGCUAGGUGACUUCGUUCGUCGCGUAGGCGACAAUUACUGUAUAUUUCGAGCUCAAUUUAGUUAAAUUAAUCAGUUGAUUACCUUGAUUCUUAAAUAAUCAUUACGUACCUAUGUACUUACGUUCCUUGAUAAUUUUGAAAUUUUUAUGUUACGUUAGUGAAGCUUUGAAAAAAUCGAAUCACGAUAUAUUUUUAAUUAGCUGCGAAAAAACUAACUUAAGUAGGUCGUCGGUGCGUCUUAAAUUUUUAAUGUCCGUCCUAGCUGUCGAUGUAGGCAUGGUCGACUCUCGGGGGCUUUGUUAGGGGCGUUUAAUUCAUUCACGAGAACCACCCCCUGCCCCCAUCGACCCAUAUUCUCACUACACCUAGUGCCUAACAGCGCUGUUAUAGAAAUAAGCAAUCGGUAAUCAAUUUACCAUUAGUAUAGUCAAAAUCAAAAUACAGCAAAUGUCGAGUGCACGGGUUAGUCGAACCAUAAUGCUUUCUUUUAUGUACUUUUUCAUACAUUGCAGAAUAAAAAUGGAUAUAAGUGAAAUAUAUACUUUGGUUGUGGAGUGCCAAUAGUCGGGCAGACCUCGCCGAUUAGGAAUUUAUUUUAGAAACAACUAUGACGAUUCUACCGAUACCGAUUGGGUAGUAGAACAGAACUGCAUUCUUGUAUUUUCAUAGAGUUAAUUUUAGUUACCAGUUAUAAUAAGGUUAUUAUAUUAAUAUACUUUCUAGUGAAAUUGAGUAGUAACUUAUUCUCCAUAGAAAAGGGAAAAGCUAGGUAAGCGUGGGUCGCGGGUCGAUAGCGACGCGGCGGGCGGCAGGGGCUCGGGCGGUGAGGCGGACGGCGCGCGCAAAGGCGAUCGAUGUCGGCGCAGCCGGCCGCCGCCGCCUAGUUAGCUCGCACCCGCCGCGCGGCCAGCACCCGGCACCCGAACGAGUAGGCGGACCCCCACCCGCCUCCCGCAUUUCGCGCCCGUGUCCCGAUCGGGGCGACGCGUCGGCGGCCUCGCGGCGCGGCCGCGGCCGCCGACUCCGAGCCUUCCGCGUUCGCGCGGAGCCGCCGAAGGCCGAGAAUGGACGGCGGCGCCGGCGUGGCCUCUCUCGCGAUGGACUGCGAGGAUAUGUUCAAGGAGAUAACCAAAAAGCUGUACGGCGAAGAGGCGACCGUCGGCGUCGGCAUCAGCGGCGUCGUGGGCGUCGAGUUCCCGGCGGCCGAGCGCGAGCUGCCCGAGGACGAGAUGCGGCCCGAGGAGCACAUCACGGCCUGGGGCCUCGCCGCGCUCAUGCAGAACGGCUUCCCGCCCCCGGGCAUCCUUCAGGCCAACUUCACGCCGCGCACCGAUCCCACGGCCGAGGACCGCUGGACGGCCGCCGAGGAGCCGCUGGCGUGGGCGCACUCGCGCAUCGCCGCCUACAACCCAGCGCAACGGCUCUUCAAGUGCACCGAGUGCGAAUGUGUCGGUUUUCUGGCGCGCGUCGCCGAGCAUUGGCUCGGCACGCACUCGCAGGCGCGCGCCUUCCAGUGUCCGCUGGCCGGCUGCGGAUUUGCCAGCGGAUGGGCCCGCGCCGUUCGACACCAUCUGGCGCGGGACCACCACUCCGACCCCGCGGCCGCCGACCACCUGCUCAGAGACAACCCCGCCCUCGACGAUCUCACGCGCUAUCUGCAGCGCCUCAAGACCAAGGUGGAAGCGGCUCGAACCGAGAGAAGAUCGACGGGGAACGCCGGCGGCGUUAACGCGGGUGCCGGCGAGAGCCUCCCCGUCGGGGAGAGCGUCGCGGCGACGGCCGGCGGCAACGCCGCCGAGGUCGGCAAGCGGUACGCCUGUGGCUCGUGUCCGUACGCGACAGACCGCCGCGACCUGUUCACGCGCCACGAGAACAUUCACCGCGAUGAAAAACCCUUCCACUGUUAUCUCUGUCAGAAACAAUUCAACCGGGCCGACCACGUCAAGAAACACUUCCUUCGCAUGCACCGCGAUCAGCCGUACGACCUGAACCGCAUCCGCCGGGCGAGCGGGAAAGGCGCGGCGGCGGGCGUGGUGUCCAGCGGCGCUGCGCAAUAUUCGGGCGGAGGCGGCAAGGCCGCGACGGAAGGCACAAUGGGUUCACCGGUGGCGACUCAGCCCGACUGUCGACCCGCGCCGGUCAAGGCGGAACGCGCUCCGCUCGCCAAGGCCGAGAGCGCGGCCGCCUCCCACAAAACCGCCGCACCCAUCCCCGUGCGGCGAAAACCUCAGAGCGAGCGGCGCUAUGCGUGCUGCUACUGCGCGUGGUCUGGCGUGGACAACUGGUGCCUCAAGCGGCACCUCAACACGCACCUGAAGCCGUUCGCGUGCGCGCUGUGCGAGUACAAGGCGGCGCGCGCCGAGCGACUGGCCACGCACGUGCACAAGGUGCACAACAAGAAGGCCUGCGCCAAGUGCCCCUUCCUCGCCGACGACGCCGCGCACCUCGCCGCGCACCUCCGCGACCACCAUCACGUCGAGAACCGCAACCUCAAAGUGCCGAGCGGCGUGGCGCGCGGCGGCUUCCCGAGCGGAUCCCAGCCGAGCGGCGGCGGCGUCGCCGGCGCGACCGCCGGAGGCGUCCCGUCCGCGGCGGCGGGGCCGGCCGCGGGCUCGGCGCCGGGCGGCGGUCGGCGGAGGGAGACGCGCGCGGCGGGUGCGGCGCGGCUCUUCGGCUACCUGGAGGCGUCGGACGGCUCGGGCGACGAGUACGAGCCGCCGCCGCUAAGCGACUUCGGCGCGCCGCCGCCGCCCUACGCGCGCGACAAGGAGAACGCCGCGCCGCCGCCGCCGCCUCAGCUGCACCACGCGCUGCACCACGACCACUGCCUGCGCUACUGAUCGUCGGAGGCGUCGUCCGUUUCGUUCGCUUAAUAAAUUAUUAUUCAUUACCA